ACACAAAAAAGUGAAGAACAAGAGAGCGAGAGGAGGAAGAGAUGAACAGUAUCUUCUCGAUUGACGAUUUUUCCGAUCCCUUUUGGGAAGCACCUCCGCCUCUUAAUUCGAACCCGGCGAAGGUUGUUACGGCGGAGGAAGUUAGCCAGAGUCAGUCCGAAUGGACUUUCGAGAUGUUUCUCGAAGAGAUUUCAUCGUCGGUGAGCUCGGAGCCAGUGGGAAACAACAACGCGAUCGUCGGAGUUUCGUCGGCGCAAUCUCUUCCUUCUGUUUCGGGACAGAAUGAUUUCGAGGAAGACAGUCGAUUCCGCCGCGAUCGUCACGAUCGCGAUUCGGGAAAUCGGGAUUACGCUCCGCCACCAUCGACGGUGAUUGUUCAUUCCGAUGAUUACCAUCGCGUUCUUAAGAACAAGCUUGAAACUGAGUGCGCUACUGUUGUAGCUCUUAGGACUGGGUCUGUUAAGCCUGAAGAUUCGUCUACUUCUCCUGAAACUCAAUUUCAACCAGCUCAAUCCAGUCCUCUUGCUCAAGGUUCUUUGAUGACACCUGGGGAACUUGGUGUCUCUUCUUCAUCACCGGCUGAGCUGAAAAAAACUGGUGUACUAGCAAAGCAGGUUACGAGUGGAUCAUCGAGAGAAUAUUCUGAUGAUGAUGACCUUGAUGAAGAGAAUGAAACCACUGGUUCCUUGAAGCCAGAGGACGUAAAAAAAUCUAGAAGGAUGCUGUCAAAUCGAGAGUCAGCUAGGCGAUCUAGAAGGAGAAAGCAGGAGCAAACAAGUGAUCUCGAAACACAGGUUAAUGAGCUAAAGGGUGAACAUUCAUCACUUCUGAGGCAACUUAGCAACAUGAACCACAAGUAUGAUGACGCUGCUGUUGGCAAUAGAAUACUAAAAGCUGACAUUGAGACAUUAAGAGCAAAGGUGAAAAUGGCGGAAGAAACCGUUAAGAGAGUAACGGGAAUGAAUCCGAUGCUUCUCGGGAGAUCAAACGGACAUAGCAAUAACAACAGAAUGCCAUUAACUGGUAACAAUAGGAUGGAUUCUUCUUGCAUUCCAGCUUUUCAACCACAAUCAAACCUAAACCAUUUGCCAAAUCCCAACAUUGGAAUUCCAGCGAUUCUACCUCCAAGGCUAGGAAACAAUUUCGUUGCUCCUCCUUCCUUAAACUCCCAAACUAACUCUCAGUUGCAGAGAAUAAGAAAUUCACAAAAUCACCAUGUUGCUCCAACAAGCACAAACCCGUAUGGCUGGAAUACUGAACCUCAGAACGAUUCUGCAUGGCCGAAAAAAUGCGUGGACUGAAACAAGAAGCGGGUUUCGCGUUUGUAUUGAUCUCUCAUUGUAUGUUUUAUAAGUUAUGAAAAACACAGUCUCAUGGCUUAUACAGUCUGUCUCGUAAGUUGUAAAAAAUACAAGAUUCUUAAUAAGAGAAUCGUCUUUCUAUUUAAAGCUUAA